CUCCUCCCCCACUGCGUUUCCGCCCACGCUUUUGUGCUCCCCUCCUCCUGCUCCCCGCCCCCAAGAUCCCAUCCAUGGUGGCGGCCUCGACGCCUCUCUUCCGGAUCUGAAAUCCUCCGCAGCCAUUGCGGGAUCUGUACCUAGCGCCCCGACCGCCGCACGGGCUGCGGCGACCAACCCGGUUCGUUCGUUGCCUUGCAAGAUUUGCUUUGCCGCUGCGUGUCCUGUGUGGGUGGUAGGUAGUGGGUUACUUCUCCCUGCUCCGUCCUUGCCUCCUUGAAAUGGGUGCCUGACGCUCGGGGGUCUGCGCCACGAGGUGUUUGCUGCCGCCAUGUGGAAGGGCUUCAUUGGCAAGCUCUCGGGGAAGGCGCCCAAAUCCGGCGGAGGCGGGGGCGGAGGGUGGGGCUCCCCUCCUUCCAAGUCCCCGACGUCGUACGGCGCCAACGGGGGGCAGUGGGACCCGAUGAGGUCGUCGCCGCCGCUCCCGGUUGUCGCCGGGGCAGAGGGGGAUACCAGGGAGGACGUGUUCCUCCGGAAGGUGACCGUCUGCUGCGUGCUGUUCGACUUCUCCACUGACCGGGUAGGCCGAGACUCUCCCGAGAGGGAGAGGAAGCGGCAGGUGCUGAUGUCGCUCGUUGACUGCGUCGGCGCGGCGGAGGAGCCCCUCACGGAGGCGAUGGUCUCGGCAUGCGUGGGCAUGUUCGCCAUCAACCUGUUCAGGGUCUUCCCGCCCAAGGUCCGGCCAGGCGCCGGGGGAGCUGCGGAGGCUGACGAGGACGAUCCAUUCUUUGACCCCUCAUGGUACCACCUACAGGUCUUGUACGAGCUGCUCCUCCGGUUCGUCAUGUCUCCGGUUGUCGAUGUCAAGGUGGCUCGCAAGUACGUGGACAAUUCCUUCAUCUCUAGGCUGCUUGAUUUGUUAGAUUCCGAUGAUCCUAGAGAAAGGGAUUGCUUGAAGACAGUCUUGCAUAGGAUAUAUGGGAAAUUCAUGGGCAAUAGGCCGUUCAUCCGCAAGGCCGUGAGCAAUAUCCUAUAUAGGUUUGUGUCCGAAGACGAUCAUCACAAUGGGAUUGCCGAACUCUUGGAGGUGUUUGGGAGCGUGAUUAGCGGGUUUGCAAAGCCACUCAAGGAGGAGCACAAGUUAUUUCUGUGCAAGGCAUUGAUUCCUCUUCAUAAGCCAAAGGCAGUAGGCAUGUAUCUGCCGCAGUUGACAUACUGCAUUACACAGUUUAUCGACAAGGAACCAAAGCUCUCAGGUACUGUGAUCAGAGGCCUGUUGAAGUACUGGCCAGUGACCAACAGUCAGAAGGAGAUGAUGUUCUUGGGGGAGUUGGAGGAGGUGCUGGAAUUGACAGAAAUGCCUGAGUUCCAGAAGUGUAUGAUUCCAUUGUUUCGCAGGGUUGCGCACUGCCUCAAUAGCUCUCAUUUUCAGGUUGCUGAAAGGGCCUUGUACCUGUGGAACAAUGAACACGUGUUCAAUUUGAUCUCUCGAAACCACCAAGUUAUCUUGCCAAUCAUAUAUCCAGCCCUGGAAAGAAAUGCUCGUUUACACUGGAACCAAUCGGUUCUGAAUGUUACAAUGAAUGUCAGGAAAAUGUUCUUUGACAUGGAUCAGAAAUUGCUGUUGGCUUGUCAGAAAAAAUUUCAAGAGGAGGAAGAGAAGCAGGCCGAAUCUGAGGAGCGGAGAAGGCUUAUAUGGGAGCACCUUGAGAGGAAUGCCGCGUUCCAUCCAGUAGCUGGAGACAUCAGCUUUGCUGUUACUAAAUCUGCUCCUCUGGUAGCUCCCACUAUGACAUGAUAUGUUAAUGUGCUCAAAUGUUCUCCAUUCCACUCGAUCCAUAGCGCUAUGGGCACUUGUGCAGGGCAUUUUAUUAACUUUGUGCCCCUUGUUCCAAAGUCUGUAAUUAAUAUUUUCUUGUCUGAGGAUAAACCUUGAUUCUUUCAUGGUGUACUCUCAAGUGAUGGACAUUUCACUAUUUGAAAAGAUAAUGCCCAAUUAAAGUCAA